CUCAAAUUCAAAUUACAUAUUGCAUUAUAUGUUUACAAGUGGCAAAAAUGUUAAUAUAAUAUGCAGUAAUUUUUUAAAAAUAGAAUCUGGAUAUAUUGAAAGGAAAAAGAGUUUAAUAGAUAACGUAAAGAGCUUUAUUAACAAAAUGCGAAUAUCCGACCCGUAAAGAAAUGCGGAUAUCCGGUGGGGCUAAGUCUGUAGCUUCUCCAUUUCAUCUUCUUUCUCUUCUCCACAAUCAGAUUUUCCUAUAAGAUUUGCUUCUUCCAUUGCUCUUCUCAUCGUCAUAUAUCUUUCUGUUUCUUUUUUUCAGUUCUCGAUUAAUAUGUUAUCAAGCAAUCCAAUGACCUGGAAACUCUCCCACAUGGUGGUUCCAGGUAAAAACUCCACUAUUUCGCCGGAUUAUUUCACGGCUAGUCAAACAAGUCCUUUAGAUAUGAUGAAAUUCCCGUCGCCUGGAAGUUCGAAGAGGUACGAUAAUGGCGGUGGAAUUGGUUUAGGUAUCGUCGCUGCGCUUGAGAAAUCCAGCAUCGGGAUCAAUCCGGUUUGCCAUACCGGUGCCGGUUCCAAAGGAUUUGACCUGGCUCGAUAUUCCAAGAGAUUCCAAUUCGCGGCGGGGAUUGAUCUAUCUGACUCUGAGGAAUACACUUGCGUCACGACUCGUGAUGGCCUGACCAAAGUCUAUUACAAGGAAGAAGAGUUUGAAUUUGGUCAUAAUCUAUUGAACGGUGAUCAGAGAUGGAGAAAACCGAUAGAAAUCGCCGAGGAGUCACCGGCGAAGGAGAGGCGGGUAUUGAGAGAUUGUCCAGAUUUUCUAACUUCUUGUUGCUUGUGUAAGAAGAAACUUCAAGGCAAAGACAUUUACAUGUACAAAGGAGAUGAAGGAUUUUGUAGUAAAGAGUGUAGAUCGUUGAAGAUAAUGGAGGAUAGUUUAAAAGAGCAACAUAAAUUGACAAGUGUUGAGGUUCUAACCGGAGAAGAGAUUGCCUCCCCCGGAAUAUUCCUUAUAUGAAUUUGUGAGUGGUCUGGUUGAUUCUAUCAAAAACCACAGAAUUUUUCUAGUGUUGUAUAUCUUGGCACAUAGCCAUUAUUUGUUAAGGCUUC